CCAUUAAUGGCUCGUGUUUUCACCUCGUUUACGCUUCUGGCUCUUGUGUUCUCGAUGGUCAUGGCUACCGACACCAGCCCGCUUCAAGAUUUUUGUGUUGCAGACACGAGUGAUCAUGUUUUUGUGAACGGAUUCACUUGCAAAAACCCGAGUUUGGUUGAAGCGAACGACUUCUACUUUGGUGGAUUACACAUGAAGGGAAACACCUCGAACCCUGUCGGAUCCAGGGUGACCCCGGUUUUCGUGGAACAGUUGCCAGGACUCAACACUCUGGGAAUCGCAAUGGCUCGUGUCGACUAUGAACCAUGGGGGCUCAACCCACCUCAUCUUCAUCCUCGUGCCACUGAGGUUUUGACUGUCGUGAAAGGCACUCUAGAGGUCGGAUUUGUCACAUCAAACCCUGAAAACCGUUUUAUCUCUAAAGUGUUGCAUGAGGGUGACGUUUUCGUUUUCCCAAUGAAACUCGUACAUUACCAAAGAAACAUCGGAAACACGAAUGCAUUUGCAAUUUCGACAUUGAGUAACCAAAACCCUGGCAUAGUCACAAUUGCAAAUGUGGUUUUUGGUUCAAAACCAAAGAUAUCAACUGAUAUUCUUGUCAAGACCUUUCAAACCAGUUCGGACAUCAUCAGUAACCUACAAUCGAAAUUUUAGAUCAUAAGCAUAAAAAUCAUCCUAGUGUUUAUUUCGAUAUUUUUUUUAUCUUUAAUAUGUUCAAUUUAUGCGUUGUUUGUAUUUGUCUAAUAUUUGUGUACUGUUUCCUUCAUGCG